CGUCGCCGGCUCCCUCCGGGCUCCUCAGAGCCGCCUGCGACCGCGCGCUGCUCUACCGCCGCUGCAGGGCAUGGGGCCGGGCGACCCCCGGGGGCGGGUCCGAGGGCGGGGGCCGCGCGGGCUGCACCGAGCCGCGGAGCCGGGGAGCGGGGGCCGCCCGCCAGCCCUCCCGGCUGCCCGCGGAGCACGCUGCCGCCGCCGCCGAGCCGCGCGGAGCCUCCUCCCUCUGGCCUGCGCGCCGCGUGUGCGCGCCGGAGCGUGUGUGAGUGUGUACGAGGCGGAGUGUAUGUGUGUGUAUGUAUGUCUGUGUGUGUGCGUGAGUGUGUGAGUGUGUGUAUGUGUGUGUGUGCGCCCGGGGCACCGCCGGCGCCGCCCGCCCGCCGCCGAGCGCCACGGCCACUGUCACUGCUGCGCCCACUGCCGGCCGCGCGCUGCACUGCAGCCCUGGACUGGCCGCCGCCGCCCGGAGCCGCCCCGAGGGCACGGCCGCCGCCCCGCACACCCCAAGCGCUCACGAGGCCCCGCCUGGAAGGGCCGCGGAGCUUCACGGCUAGGUUCGUCCAGACUAUGGAAGACGUGACCCACUCGGCCCGUGCGCCACGGGUGGCGGUGGACUCGCAAGCCGCAGGGUCGCCCAGAUGGCCACCUCCUCCGAGGUGCCCUCUUGACUCCGUUCCGAAAGGCGUGGAGAUCCGCCCCGUGUUUUCCGCUCGGUGGCCACUCGAGGGCGUUAGCUCUGGACUCAGAACAGCGGAGGACCAGGGAAGAAGGGUUGAGAUGGUCCGCUGCAGGAACAGAUAGAACUAGAAUCUCCAUCUUCCGUGGAGUACUACGUAUCGCAACCUUUCCCACCUCUUCGAGCUCCGUGAGAAAAGAAAGCAGCUGUUCAGCCCCUAUUCAUUCCUUUCUCGACCCUGUUCUCCUGGUCCUCCCCUUUCCCUUGACCCAGUGUGCCCUUAGUAGAAAUUAAAUCCCCUUCUGUCAACCUUGAGGAUCUCUUGGAGUGCUCUCUGAUAUCUGCUCCCUGUAUCUGUUUAACAUUUUCCAAAUCUGACAAACUCUG